AUGAAUUCAUGGGGAGGAACUUCUGGUGUUGCAGCUAGUUUAACUUUUUAUUUCAAAUGGGCAACUUCAAUUGAGUUCGAUACUUUUAACUAUGUCUAUCUUGGGAGUACAAUUAAUGAUUAUAUCAAUACUGCUACUAGCUUAAAAUCAUCAACAGCUGGAGAUCGCGUCUUAAAAGCAGCUAGCCCUCCCACUUCUCCCAUAUUAUCAAGAAGAAACAAAAUUUCUGUAUCAUUUUCAGCCUCUUCAAGUUCUCCAUCUGUAGCAUAUGGCAGCUACUAUAUUUUAAGAAUUUCGGACUCAGGUCUACCUUUCAUAGCAUCAAACAAGGCAACUUUUUAUGAAAUCUGGGUAAUAGCAACCUAUGAAGGCACGACUGAAAUUGGCAGCUCAGUUAUUUCAGUGCUUCCUCAGAAAACUUCAUCAAAGCUCUAUGCAUUGCUAGCUUGCAAUGACCAGCUUGAUGGGAUUCCGAUCGUUGUCUACUUUGAGCCAAUAAACACCAGUUUUGAUUUUUCUUCCCAUGCAUACGCAAUUGAUAUUGAAAUAGGUAAUGGAUAUGACUGAUAUAAAGGAUUUAUGGGUACUGGUAUUAAGAUAACAGAUAAUGGUGGAGCUUUGACUAUCAAUAGCCAUUUUUUAUCUUCUAGUUCUUCUGAUACUGCUAGCUAUGCAUUUAAAUUAAAUUAUUGAGAAUUUUUCUGUUGAGCAUGGGGACCUUUGUAUCUAUAUUAA